GCCUCGGCGUGGCGGCCGGCGUGGCGCGGCGCGGGCCCCGGCUGCUGCGCGCUGCCCUCGAGUGCGGGCGCCGCCGGCCCGACGCCGGCCUCAUGGAGCGCGCGGCCGGCCCGGGCUCCGGCCCCGGCUGCCAGCCCGCAACCACCUACGACUUCCUGGUCAUCGGCGGCGGCUCGGGCGGCCUGGCCAGCGCCCGGCGUGCGGCCGAGCUCGGAGCCCGCGCCGCCGUGGUGGAGAGCCACAAGCUGGGCGGCACCUGCGUGAAUGUCGGAUGCGUGCCCAAAAAGGUCAUGUGGAACACUGCGGUCCACUCCGAGUUCAUUCACGACCAGGAGGAUUACGGUUUCCAGAGCUGUGGUGCUAAAUUCAAUUGGCGGGUUAUCAAGGAGAAGCGGGAUGCCUACGUAAGCCGGCUGAACGCCAUCUAUCAAAACAACCUCACCAAGUCCCAAAUAGAAAUCAUUCGGGGCCAUGCAGCCUUCACAAGUGACCCUGAGCCCACUGUGGAGGUGAACGGGAAGAAAUACCGCGCUCCCCACAUCCUGAUCGCCACAGGGGGUGUCCCAUCCCUUCCCAGUGAAGACCAGAUCCCUGGUGCCAGCUUGGGAAUGACCAGUGAUGGCUUCUUCCAGCUGGAAGAUUUACCCAGGCGCAGUGUGAUCGUGGGCGCUGGGUACAUUGCUGUGGAGAUAGCUGGCAUCCUAUCGGCCCUUGGCUCCCAGACAUCACUGAUGAUCCGUCAUGACAAGGUGCUUCGGACUUUCGAUGCGCUGAUCAGCUCCAACUGCACCGAGGAACUGGAGAAUUCAGGCAUUGAGGUGCUCAAGUACUCCCAGGUCAAAGAAGUGAAGAAGACCUCCUCGGGCUUGGAGCUGACCGUGGUGACGGUCGAGCCCAAUAGAAAACCCGCCGUCUGCACCAUCCCCGAUGUGGACUGUCUAUUGUGGGCCAUUGGGCGCACCCCGAACGUCGAGGGCUUGAACCUGAGCAAGCUGGGUAUUCAGACCGACGACAAAGGGCACAUCCUGGUCGAUGAAUUUCAGAACACCAACAGAGAGGGCGUCUACGCUGUGGGGGAUGUGUGUGGGAAAGCUCUUCUUACUCCAGUUGCAAUUGCUGCUGGAAGGAAACUUGCCCACAGACUGUUUGAAUGCAAACUGGACUCCAAGCUAGACUAUGAAAACAUCCCAACUGUCGUCUUCAGCCAUCCACCCAUUGGGACAGUGGGACUCACAGAAGAUGAAGCCAUUUCUAAAUAUGGGAAUGAAAAUGUGAAGACCUAUCUGACUACCUUUACCCCUAUGUACCACGCGGUGACUAGAAGGAAAACCAAGUGUGUGAUGAAGAUGGUGUGUGCCCUCAAGGAAGAGAAGGUGGUGGGGAUCCACAUGCAAGGAAUCGGGUGUGAUGAGAUGCUGCAAGGCUUUGCGGUGGCUGUGAAGAUGGGAGCCAGAAAGGCCGACUUUGACAAUACCGUGGCCAUCCACCCAACCUCUUCUGAAGAGCUGGUCACACUCCGCUGAGAGGGAGAGUCUUGGGGACCACUGCCAGAUGUCUCUUGUCUUGUUCCUGUUUUGCAGACUGUCAAUUCCAGUCGUGUUCCUUUAUGGUCAGAUGAUUUUCAGUAAAUAGCAGACAUGAUUUCUCUA